AUGCGGAGGAAGGGGCUCCCGUCCUGGCUUUGCAUCUUAACCGUGGCCGCGGCCGUCUGUCCGGCAUGGCCGCAGAAGCCCCCUAAGCGCAAGGGGCCCGGGGGGGCCGCCCCGUUCAAAGCCGCCGGCUGCUGCGAGGAGAUGAGGGAGCUUACGGUCCAGGUGGCCAACCUGAGCGGCCUGCUACAGGACCUGACCAGGAGGCAGGAAGGGGAUUGGGUCAACGUGGUCAUGCAGGUGAUGGAGCUGGAGGGCAGCGCCAAGAAGAUGGAGACGCGUCUCCUGGACGCAGAGAGCAAGUACUCCGAAAUGAACAACCGGCUCGGCAUCAUGCAGCUCCAGGCAGCCCAGACGGUCACCCAGACCUCGGCGGAUGCUGUCUAUGACUGCUCGUCCCUCUACCAGAAGAACUACCGGAUCUCUGGGGUUUACAAGCUUCCUCCCGAUGAGUUCCUGGGAAGUCCCGGGCUGGAGGUGUUCUGUGACAUGGAGACCGAAGGCGGGGGUUGGACCAUCAUCCAGAGGAGGAAGAUCGGUCUGAUCUCCUUCCACCGGGACUGGAAGCAGUACAAGCACGGCUUCGGGAACAUCCACGGGGACUUCUGGCUGGGGAAUGAGCACAUCCACCGGCUUUCCCGACGUCCCACCGUGCUCCGGGUAGAGAUGGAGGACUGGGACGGAGACAGCCGCUACGCUCACUACAGCCGCUUCACCCUGAGCAAUGAACUGAACAGCUACCGGCUCUUCGUGGGGAACUACAGUGGUACUGCUGGGAGAGACGCUCUCCACUACCACAACGACACGGCCUUCAGCACCAAAGACAAGGACAACGACAAGUGUCUGGACAACUGCGUGAACUUCCGCAAAGGUGGCUACUGGUACAAUUGCUGCACAGACUCCAACCUCAAUGGGAUUUAUUACCGCCAAGGUGACCACACAAAGCACACGGAUGGCAUCACUUGGUACGGUUGGCACGGUUCGAGUUAUUCCCUCAAGAGGGUGGAAAUGAAAAUCCGGCCCGAAGACUUUAAGCCCUAGGGG